UAAACUCUGAUUUCAGCAGCACGUCAAGGGCGUCUGGUGGAGCUUUGUGUAUCAGGCUAGAUCUUAAUCUAAGAGACAGACCACCGCACAUCCCAGAACCAAGGACAGCGGCGGUCCAGAUUUGUACAGCGAGAAGUACGCCGUAUUGUUAGGGAUGUGCCUGGAAUGCUGGCGGGGGUAGCUUGAACUAAGCCAGGCUGUUUUUUUUUUGUUGUUGUUUUUUUUUCCAUUUUCGUCCUUUUUUCUUGGCGGAUAUACAGAAGACUAUUGCCGGCACCUACCCCCGGAGCCUGGGCGUUCUUUGUAUGGUGUAACAGGGAGGGGUUUUAUAGUGACCACGGCUCUCUCAAGGUCUGAAUGGAACCUUGCAGUGUCCAGUCAGCGAUGGCUAUGGGGUUAUCCAGUAAAAAAGCAUCUUCUAGAAAUAUUGCCGUGGAACGAAAAAAUCUCAUCACGGUUUGCAGGUUUUCAGUGAAGACGCUACUGGAGAAAUACACAGCAGAGCCGAUCGAUGACUCAUCCGAGGAGUUUAUCAAUUUCGCAGCCAUUCUAGAGCAGAUCCUAAGCCAUCGGUUCAAAGGCCCAGCCAGUUGGUUCAGCUAUGACGGUCAGAGGAGUUUUUGGGAUUUCAUCCGAUUGGCUUGUGGCAAAGUCCCGAACAACUGCGUCACCAGCAUUGAGAACAUGGAGAACAUUAACACUUCCAGGGCAAAGGGCCGUGCCUGGAUCCGAGUGGCACUGAUGGAGAAGCGCCUGUCUGAGUACAUCGCCACAGCGCUGAGGGACUCCAGGACAACCAGGAGGUUCUACGACGAUGGAGCGAUCAUGCUGAGAGAAGAAGCCACGGUGCUCACGGGGAUGCUGAUUGGUCUGAGCGCGAUAGACUUCAGUUUUUGUCUGAAGGGUGAGGUAAUGGAUGGAAAGACGCUGGCAGUGAUUGACUACACCCCCUACCUGAAGUUUACCCAGAGCUAUGACUACCUGAGUGAUGAUGAGGACAGGCAGAGUGUGGACAGCAGCACCAGUGACGAGAGCGUCUCAGAGCACCCCUACCUCCCCCUGGUACCCGACGACGAGAGCUGGACCAACAAGUGCCGCAAGAUGGAGCAGAAGUUCAAGAUUGUCUACGCUCAGAAGGGUUACCUGGAGGAACUGGUCAGGCUGCGGGAGACCCAGCUCAAGAACCUGGAGGUCGAGAACAAGCGUCUGCAGCUGUGCCUGGAGGAGAUGAAGGUGCAGAAUCAGAAGGAGAAGAAAGAGAUGGAGGGCAUUGUGCUGGAACUGCAGGAGCAGCUGACUGGUCUGAUUCCCAGUGACUCCAAUCAUUUGUCUAAAGAUAUGACGAUUCCACAAGUGAACCAGUGGCCUUGUCUGGGGGCCUUCAAUAAUGAAGAGGCUGUCAAGCUCUACAGAAGGAGUUACCACAGCGCAGAGCAGCUCUCCGCAGAGAUCAGUCUGGACUCGGACUCCCAGAAGACGGAGGGGAAGCAGAAUGGUCAGUCCUGGUGCACUGCAGGCAAAGACUAUACCCCGUCGAUGUUAGGUCUGUGCGGCUCUCUGGCUUCUCUCCCCAGCUGUAAGUCUCUGCCCAGCCUAAAGUCCAGCGAGUGCCUGGUCCCUGUCAGCACUGAAGCCAGUCCUGCCCUCUCCCCCAGCUAAGGGCAGGGCUCCUGCCUGCAUCGCCGGCCUGCUCCUGGCUCAACUCAGACAUUCCUAUCAAGACCACUGCUCUCUGCACCUGGCUCAACUCUGACAUUCCUAUCAAGACCACUGCUCUCUCUGCACCUGGCUCAACUCUGACAUUCCUAUCAAGACCACUGCUCUCUCUGCACCUGGCUCAACUCACAUAUUCCUGUCAAGACCACUGCUCUCUGCACCUGGCUCAACUCACAUAUUCCUGUCAAGACCACUGCUCUCUCUGCACCUGGCUCAACUCUGACAUUCCUAUCAAGACCACUGCUCUCUCUGCACCUGGCUCAACUC